GGCCCUAAUUCAUGUACAGUAUACCGACGCGCCCCAAACUAUCGCAGUAAUCAGCCAACCAUGGGACUUACGUAAGAGUGGGCGACCACCUUUUGGCCCCCAACUUUGUCACAGGGAGUUGGGUCAGCUCAGGUCUCGGAGACCUGCUCGAUCCGUAGUAGUCAGCUGCUAAUCAGAGCACAUCCUCGUCUACAUUACUUCUUUGGCCCUAUAACCCCUGUCUGGUACACUACCUAAUGCAUAAUUAGUCAGGUAGUGUCAGCGGGAGGCUAAGUUUAUCACAGCACGGAAUAGGGAAGAGGAUUGUGUACAGACGGAAUAGGUGGGAUGAGUAAUUUCAGCCGCCUCUUCCCUUUCAAGUUCAUCCCCCGAGGAGAUUCAGUCAAGUAUUUUCGCAACUUUUCCUUCUCAAUAUCGACAUAAUUGCGAUGUAAGAGGAUAGGUUGAACCGCCGGUUAAUUAAGACACCAAACGACUUGCAGAGCCAUGGACAGCGAAGACGCGCACAAUCGGACCGCGCCUGAAGACUUCACUGUGGUAGAGAACCCAGACAGACCAAUGACUGCUGGGGAAAGAAUUUUUAUUCCUUAUUCUGGAACCGAACUAGACGAAACAAAUGGCAUAGAGGGUGAUGAUGACGAGGACGAAACCGAGAGUGAUGAGGGUGAAGACGACGAUGAUGACGAUGAGCUUGACGACGGCGAGCCGGAUUUCGUCGUGGGCGGGUCAAAUACUAUCGAUAUUAGGACCGAACGCACCAAGCUCCUUACGGAUGUCAGUAAGGAGGCUAGGUUUGACGACCCAGAAACCCUUGAAAGGUAUCGUGCUCGAGUGCGCUUAUGCCUUAAGGAUGACAAGAAUGCUGAAGAGCCGACGUUGCUCCAUUACAUUGUACUCAGUAUCCUAAUCUUCCACGAGAGUCACGAGGCAAUGAACUUCAUCGUGAAACUAACACUGGAGGAAUCACCGGGUGAUCUAGCUUGUCAGACCAAAGGACCACUCGAGACUCCAUUACACGUAGCGAUUAAGCGGAAAGAGGAGAAACUCGCACAGCUAAUGUGUGAAUCUGCCCCCACUAUAGCCGAAAAGGCCAUAUCGCUUCAGAAUGAGAAUGGCGAGACCUGUCUGCAUCUUGCCAUCAAAGAAAAUCUGGACAUAGUCCCGUAUCUGAUUAAGAAGGCUCACGUCGUAACAUUCCGCCAACAGCGAAGCCAGAAAUUACGAGAAGGUGCCGGGAAUACCCCUUUGCAUGACGCAGUCCAUUAUUCUCGUUAUAUCGCAGAGGCUGCGACGUGCCCGCCAGAGAAAAUCCCAAAAUGUCGACGAUGUCGUGAGGCCGAGAAGAAGCUAGAGAGCAGUAGCAUCCAACUAAGGAAAAUCGUUGAAGCCCUCGUCGAAAGAGACGCAGAGAAUCUUGCUACUCUGAAUGCACUUGGACAGUCUCCUUAUGUCUACUAUUUAACAACGCGCCAGGAAGUCAGGGCAACUCUCGAUCUAGCCAAACAAAAGUCCACUGGUGCAAGCCAAGAACGGUCGCCGAAGAACCCUAAAGUCGAAAAAGAUAAAACAACGGUCUCCAGCAAACCUGAGAAACCGAAAGCAAAUGUUAGAUCAGCAUCCAAUGGGUCAGGCGAGGAGGGGAAACGGUUGAAGAAUCCCAAGUCCGAAAACCCUAAGUCCGAAAGUCCGGAUCCCUCACAAAGCAAAGCACGUCCCCUCAAGCCAGGCCCUAAGAUUUCCAAGUCUCAUCAGCGUCUGCCUAGGUCUGAUAAGCUAGCAGAAAAGACCAAAGUCGAAGAAUAUCUUCGAGAGAUGGCGUUUGCUCAGGGGAACUUCGAGAAGGCCUGCAAAUGUCUCUUUGGAAACCGGAGCGCUGACUCAAAAGUUCGGACAGUCUUCCGGCCUCAGCUUCGUCUCUCAGAGCAUACCCCGGAAGACCACGAAUUUCUCGAGUUUGGUAAGAUGCUUGCCUAUGUCGAGCUCGACAUACGGCCAAGACCAUUCAUACAAGGAACCGGCUCGGUAAUUGAGGAUGAACUAGAGGGCUUUGAUACUUGGGAAGAGGAUUCGAAAGCUCUUUGCGCUACGUUUCAAUGGUUAAGAAAGAAAAACGUGAAGCAAAUAGUCAAACUGGUGGUAAAAGAUAAUCCAGAUCGAAACUGCAGCGAUGAGACUAUAGAGUCAUGUCUUGAUGGAUUCGAUGUUCGUUAUCUCGAUUGGAAUAAAGCAGAUAUGUGCGUCGACACUAUCCGUAAAAAGGCGCCUAAUGUGGUGCAUUUAUGGCUUCACUCUAGUGGAAGUAAUGCGGUUCUUUGGUCGUGGUCGGAUAGCAAUGGCCUUAGAAGCUUACCUAAGUUAAAUCAAGUUUACCUGAAUGCAAGAAAAGGUUUAGAGAGUUACAAACGAAAUGAAGAAAACGUACGAACUUUCAAAGAGCGCCUAAGACAGCCAAUAAAUAGCUUGGAAUCGUCCAAGAUCAAGGUUAUAGAAUCCAUUGAGAAGCCUCCGAAAGCACGGCCCCAUCUUCGCCUUGAAAAUAGUUUCGAUGCCAGGUCACAAGAUCGUCACCAGUGGAUGAAUAAUAUCAGAGAUUUUGCAGCAGAGCUUAGGACAGAGCUCGGGGUUAAUUACACGCAACGUAAGCCGAAGGUUGCUAUCAUUGAUGAUGGGGUCAACCCGGAGAGCGAGUUCCUAGGCCAGAGAAUCGCACAUGGCUGGCCUCCCGAUGAGCCCAAAUCUAGUUCUGAACCGUUUUACGCGUCCACGAAAGGGCACGGAACGCAGAUGGCUAAGCUCAUCUGCCACGCCUGUCCGUUCGCCCAGCUUUACGUUGCCAAACUUGACGGCUGGAAAGAUCCAGAUCUGCCACACCCGCAAUUCACAGCUAAGGACGCGGCCGAGGCGGUCAAGUGGGCGAUUCGCGAGAACGUGGAUAUAAUCAGCAUGUCGUGGAACAUUGAGCGAAACCGUUCCAACGAGGCGGACAUCGAUGCUCUAGCAUCUCAGAUCAAGGUAGCGGCGAACCGUAAUAUUAUAAUGUACUGCGCGGCACAGGACAAGGGCCAGCUAGGCAAUUCCGAAGUCGAGGUAUAUCCCGCGGGAUCAGACACAACGAAAUUGAGGAUCGUGGGUGCCGCCGACCCAACCGGUCACCCGCUUAACAUUGUUGAUACGGAUAAAGUGCAUUAUCUAUUCCCCGGUGAAGUUGUACUCGAGAACGAUGGGAAGACGAUUACUGGAAGUUCGGCGGCGACGGCUCUCGCGGCCGGGACCGCCGCCAUGAUCUUGUUCUGCUAUGAAUUGGGUUACGGGAAGAUGGAAACCAUUGCUAAACCGGCACGAAUGGGACAACUAUUCAAUAGCUUGAAGACGACGACCAAAUUUGUGGACGUUGAGCCUAUCCUAAAGCCAGGUAAUACUCCGCAAUUUGUCGUCAAGGAGUGUACGGCGAGAGUUAAGGAAAUCAGGGAUGAAGAGAACCAAGCCAUUCGUACAGGUUCAGAUCAACGCAAUUCUGGUGUCGUGGAUGUAAAUGGGUCGACCGCAUCCUUUACAGCCCCUAUUCGGAGGACGACUGGGCCAUUAGUUACUCCAGUAGGACGUUAGUUACCUAGGUUAAGGACGUCUUCAAUGUCUGCAACUCUCGGCAUAUGGAGCAGAUACACUUAAUACACAAACAAUGUCUUACUACAAUAU